AUUUUGCUGAGGAGCGACGGGGAGGAGGAGCCGCUGAGGAGACCCACGGCGAGGAGCGGCGAGCCAGAGGAGGCAGCGGCCGCGCGCGUGCCGGGCUUUCCUCGAUCGCGGGGAUCUCAAGGGGCGAGGGGACCGCCGGGGAGGGGGACCGGAGAGCCGCGCCUGCCGCGCGGCGCGCCCCUUCCCGCCCCCUGCACCAUGAGCUGGGGCACCGAGCUCUGGGACCAAUUUGACAACUUAGAAAAACACACACAGUGGGGAAUUGACAUUCUUGAGAAAUACAUCAAAUUUGUAAAGGAAAGGACAGAGAUUGAACUCAGCUAUGCAAAGCAGCUCAGGAACCUCGCAAAGAAAUACCAACCUAAAAAGAACUCGAAGGAGGAAGAAGAAUACAGGUAUACAGCUUGUAAAGCCUUCCUUUCCACCCUGAACGAAAUGAAUGAUUACGCUGGGCAGCAUGAAGUUAUCUCCGAGAACAUGACCUCGAACAUCACUGUGGAGUUAGCCCGCUACGUCCAGGAGCUGAAGCAAGAGAGGAAAUCGUACUUUCACGACGGGCGGAAGGCACAGCAGCACAUAGAGAUCUGCUGGAAACAACUCGAAUCAAGUAAAAGACGCUUUGAACGUGACUGCAAAGAGGCAGACAGGGCGCAGCAGUACUUCGAGAAGAUGGACGCUGACAUCAAUGUCACCAAAGCAGAUGUGGAAAAGGCGCGACAGCAAGCUCAAGUGCGUCACCAGAUGGCAGAGGACAGCAAAGCCGAUUACUCAUCCGUCCUCCAGAAGUUCAACCAUGAGCAGCACGAGUAUUACUAUACGCACAUCCCCAGCAUAUUUCAGAAAAUACAGGAGAUGGAGGAGAGGAGGAUAGUAAGGAUCGGGGAGUCGAUGAAGACGUACGCGGAGGUCGAUCGGCAGGUGAUCCCCAUCAUUGGGAAGUGCUUGGAUGAAAUCGUGAAGGCAGCGGAGUCCAUCGAUCAGAAGAACGAUUCCCAACUGGUAAUAGAAGCUUAUAAGUCCGGGUUUGAGCCUCCCGGGGACAUCGAAUUUGAGGAUUACACCCAGCCGAUGAAACGCACUGUGUCGGAUAACAGCCUCUCGAAUUCCCGAGGAGAAGGCAAACCAGAGCUCAAGUUUGGUGGCAAAUCCAAAGGAAAGCUAUGGCCUUUCAUCAAAAAAAAUAAGCUUAUGUCCCUUUUAACAUCCCCCCAUCAGCCUCCCCCUCCUCCCCCUGCCUCUGCCUCACCCUCUGCUGUUCCCAACGGCCCCCAGUCUCCCAAGCAGCAAAAGGAACCCCUCUCCCAUCGCUUCAACGAGUUCAUGACCUCCAAACCCAAAAUCCACUGCUUCAGGAGCCUAAAGCGUGGGCUUUCUCUCAAGCUGGGUGCCACGCCUGAGGAUUUCAGCAACCUCCCGCCGGAGCAGAGAAGGAAGAAGCUGCAGCAGAAAGUCGAUGAAUUAAAUAAAGAAAUUCAGAAGGAGAUGGAUCAGAGAGAUGCCAUCACAAAAAUGAAAGAUGUUUACCUAAAGAAUCCUCAGAUGGGAGACCCCGCCAGUCUGGAUCACAAAUUAACCGAAGUGAGCCAAAAUAUAGAAAAACUGCGACUAGAAACCCAGAAAUUUGAGGCCUGGCUGGCGGAGGUGGAGGGCAGGCUGCCGGCCCGCAGCGAGCAGGCCCGCCGGCAGAGUGGAAUGUUCGACGCCCAGAACCCAGCCACGGUCAACAGCUGCGCCCAGGACCGCGAGAGCAGCCCGGAUGGCAGUUACACGGAGGAGCAGAGUCAGGAGGGUGAGGGGAAGGUGCUGGCCACGGACUUCGACGACGAGUUUGACGAGGAAGAGCCCCUGCCCGCCAUCGGGACCUGCAAAGCCCUCUACACAUUCGAAGGUCAGAAUGAAGGGACCAUCUCCGUGGUUGAAGGAGAAACGCUCUACGUGAUCGAGGAAGACAAAGGCGAUGGGUGGACCCGCAUUCGGAGAAACGAAGACGAAGAGGGUUAUGUCCCCACUUCGUACGUCGAGGUCUAUUUGGACAAAAAUGCCAAAGGUGCUAAGACUUAUAUUUAAUACAACUUAAAAAAAAAAAACCUGUAAAAAAAAAAAAAUUGGAGUUGUCUGUCCCCACAACUAUGACUGUUCCAGGCGGUUCUUCCAAAGCCGGAGGACCCCGGAGUGCGCGCUGCCCCGUGGCCACGUGGUGGGCUGGUGGGCGCUCGACACCCGAAUUUCCUUGGCCGGCUUUGGCUAUAAAACAUUUCACUUGCUCAUGGACUAGGACCAGGAAACCUGCCAGCUGCCAAUUGACAAUUUUGUCAUUUGAACUCAGAUAAACAGCUCUUCCUCUGGCAGUAUCUGUAGGUAUCCAAAAAAAAAAAAAAAAGUUGCCUUCUAGCUUCCAGUUGCUAUUUCUGAAUUUUAAAAGUUCACACACAUCAGCAGGGUGGGUAGGACUCCCGUUCUGUUUCUCUCUCGCAGCUGCCGUGAACGCAACCCCCUUAGGAUGUUACGUUUUGAAACUUCGUAACUUGCACCACGCUCGUUGGUUUGGUUGGUUUGGUUGGUUUGGUCUUACAAUCAUUUGCUUUGGAGGAAGUCAUCAAUAAAACCUCCCCCUCCUCAAGGAAAGAAUAAGACGAGUCCUAUAUUGGUACUAAAUGUGUGUAUUUUUCCUUCAACGUGUUUAAGAUCAUUGGUAGAUCGUCGUGUUUUCCUCUCCCGUCUGCAGGAUCCCAGACAACCAGCUGAAAACUGGAAAAGCUUGGUUAACGGUUAACCAGUAGACUUGUACACAAGGCUCCCCGCUGCCCUUGACAGAGACGAUCAGAUGCCCUAGUGCUGUUUUGGUGACUGACCAAAAACCCAGCGUGCUUCUGCCGGAGCUUUUGUGGCUGGAGGCGCGGUCUCAGCUCACAGGUGCCCAGGUGGGGCUGUAAGGAGCGGCAGCUGCUUCUACGCACAGACCUGCCCCCAGCCCAUUGCUUUUGCAGACGUGUUUUGGGUCGGUUGGUUUGUUUUUUUUAAUCCUUGGCAUCUUUAAGACCCAAAAUAUGAAUUUACUGAAAAAUCAUUUUAGAAUUGCUAGCUCGUUUUAUUUUACAUAAUGAACCAUAACUAAAGUAUUUCAUCGUCUUGAAAGGGAUCUGGGUCGUGUGGGGAUUUGCAUUUUUUAAAUCGGCAGCAGCGUAGGUAGUGAAAUCGAUCACAGGCGUGCCCCGCCCCAGCUGCGCGCCCAUUUCGAGAAUCUACCAUGCGGUCCUAGAGAACCAGCUAUGAAGGGCUCACGACCGAGGGGUCAGGUUCUGAUUUUAUUUGGCUUUGAGAAUUACUUAUUCAUGUCCUUCCUACUUUUAAAUAGGGAAUUAGCUCCUUGCUUUUACACUGUGAGCUCCUUUUAUAAGCGCAAAUCGAUUUAAAGUUGAUUCUACCAAAAAAAAAAAAAAAGCUGAUUUUAAAAACAACAGCAGGGGUCCCACUGUUCCAGGUUCUUGUGGAUUCUGUCAGAAAGUUCUCCUCAUUUCCCCAGGACCCCCAGAAUGGAACUUCAUGAACAUUCAUGACAGCCUGAUUUUUAAUACACGGUCUGUUGUUAAAUACUGAUUGGUUGCCAGGAAGUUGCAAAGACCGUACAGAGCUGUCCUGUGUACCCUUCAGCAGGUGGCCCCCCAGUGGUGGCUUCUGAGGGAACUGCAGUACAAAUGCCCAAAGCAGGAAACGGGCAUUGGUCAGCCCGCUUUUUUAAAAAUACCAUUUUGUGAUUCUGGUUUCUUUUGCCUUGUUCUGCCUUUACUGACAUCUUAUCGAUAAAGCCAUUCACCCUGGACCCCAGGCCCCUCAAGAAAAUUGUUUCUGUUCCCCUUUGUGAAUAUUUGCCACAAGGGACUCGGCUGACCCUGAGGCCGCGGGGUUCCUCCUCCUCACGAGCUGGGGGAGGUGACCGCGCUGGGCAUGGACCCAGGCAGACAGGGGACCUCAGCCUUUAAAACCAGAGCGUUCUGUCUAAUGCUGGGACCCGGUGCCAGCCCGUGAACUGCUACAGGAAGUGAAACAAACACUGACACAAAGUCUUAAAAUGGCCAAGAGAACGAGAGCCUUUGGAAGCCUCCCUUGGAAAGUAUUGCAUUCCAUGACGUUGUUGUGGGUUUAUUUAUUUCUUUUUUUUUUUUCUUAACAGUUGUGCAAAUUUGAUUCAGAGAACGGCUCAGUUGGUUUAUAGGGCCGGGGGUGGGGGUGGGGUGUUGAUUUGGGGCGCAUAAUUGAAUGCUUGUGAUGUUAAGUUGUGUGCCCCAGGCCCUUAGCACAGGCAGCUGCGGACGAGGGAUGGAACAGUGCCUCGGUGCCAGCCGGUCAACGCACCAAGUAUUAGAAGUCCUGAAAUCACUCCCAAAGAAUCAGAAUUCCCAUUUCUGCCCAGAAUAUACUUUGGUAUUUUUCGACCCCCUCCCACCACUCCUGGUUAUCUGCUAAAAUGAAAGAAGCCGAGUCUCGGGUUGUGGGGAAAGUUUUCUCCUUUUAUUUUAGAGACGCAUUUCGAGGUUCCUCCUGUAGGCAUAGAAGCCUGUCUUCCCCACGGGUUUCUAAACUUGCGGGCACCCCCAGGAACACUGCCUCCCACCGGACCCCUCCCAGCCCGAGGGGCUGCUGCUUCCUCAUGCCCAGAACUCAAAGCAGCUGUUUUUGCGCCGUGCACUUGUGUGUGUGUGUGUGUGUGUGUGUGUUGUCUACAAUGUGACUAUUUAAUAAUUGCCAAAAUAUUUAGACUCGAGGAACGUCCAGGGGUCAGUUGGAUUGCGACUCUCUUCUUUCAUGGUUCAGUUUGGUUUUUUAAGUUGCUUUUUGUUAAGUAUGUCCGAAAUCCCCCUGCCCGCCCGCCCGCCCCCCAUAUAUUUGUAUAUACUGCCGUUUAAAAACGAAAAGGAUGACUUGAAUUCCUUGUUUUAACGUUUGACUCUCUUGUCUGUUUGUUUUAUUGGUGAUUCUGCUGCCUAAUGACCGUUUUUCUUUUGUAACCGCUGGGGAGGCCGGAAGGACUAGGUCCCCCGCUGGCUGCUCAGCCUUGACUUUAUUGUAGACACUUGUGUUCUGAGUAAGUUUUGCUCCACCACGGCCAACAUGAUUGUCUCUUCUCUUCUCACCCUGAAAGAAACGAAUCUGUCUGGCUCCUCCUGGUUGUACCCUCGUAUCUGCCUCUCUAAUAAACGUAUUUUUCUCA